GAAGAGUUCUUCAAGCAGAAUGGCUCCCCGUGGUCAGAACUCAUGCACCUGCCAUACUUUGAUCUGGUGUGGCAUUCAGUCAUAGAUCCAAUGCAUAAUCUACUACUAGGAAUUGUACGAACACAAUGGCACCCUCAGUGGAUCAAGACUAAUACACUCCAAGCUCCCACAGCCGCCGGAAAUGGUCGAGAGCUCGGAUUCGUACAUCAGUUCCUUAGCACAUUCGAGUCACCUGCAUGGGCGGGUAAGCUCCCGACUCGCAUUGGUGAGCCAGCGGGCAGCAAUCUCACGGCCGAUUCAUAUAAGUUUGCAAUGCUCACUGCUUGGCCUCUCGUAGUAAGUUCACCUUGCCUUGUUAUUCAUAUAGUUUCUGACCCGAUACACAAGAUCCCCAUUGUCUGGGACAUAUUCAUCAACGAGGCUAUCAAGGAUCAGGCCAAAGAUGUUCAAGAGUAUCCUGAAUGUCACGCUCAGUGGCAAAAAGACUUUGAUGACCGGUGUAAGCGCAACCUGAUGGUGGCACCCAUGGGAAAAUGCAAGAAGAAGGACAAAAGCAAAGAUCCGGAGCUGAUUGGCCCAAAGCCACCAAUGGUACGCAUGCAACCGGAUGAGCCUAUCAACUUUCUACGGAUUUCCGCUGCUCUCAAGGUGUUCUGUGCAAGCUCUGUCUCAUUAUAUGGGGUGAAUACGCUCAAACCCAAUUCUCAUUGGGCAGUUCAUCUGUGUGAGCAGGUGCUUGACUACGGCCCCAUAUACAAUUUUUGGGCCUUCCUGUCUGAACACCUCAAUAAGGUGUUGAAAAGUGCUACCUUUAACAAAUGGGUUGGCGGCCAGAUUGAGAUCACGAUGAUGUGCGAGUUCACGUGCUCAUCACGGCUUGAUACAAUAGUAAGUGCCAGGCUAUUCUCUGAUCACUGA